AUGCCAGUCAGCAAUGAAGUCACAGAACCGGUCCCAGAGAACAAUACAGUCACAGAACCGGCGAAGGAAAACGGUGACAAUGGAGAAACGGCACCAGAAAAGAAAGGAGAUGGAGAAAAGGAAGAAGACGGAGAAAAGGAAGAAGAUGGAGAAAAGAAAGAAGAUGGAGAAAAGAAAGAAGAUGGGAUCAAAAACGAUGGCAAGCUUCUACUCACCGUCAUCAAGUACGACAAGAGAGAAGGAAAAGCAAUGUCCGGGGGUAAACUGGCACCGUCGCCCUCGCAGCUGGCAACAUCUUCACUGGCCGUCAUCAGAGCCUUUCUUUUGAAACAGGGACAUCUCUCAAAAGACGAUGGGAACAAGCCUUUCUGCACCAAGGAUGGGAUUGAAGUGACCGAUGAGAUUACUUUCGAUCAUUACAUAGAUGAGAGCCCCAAUGCAUCGACGAACACUACCGAAGCUGGAAAGUCUUCAGACGAAACCGCCAAUAAAAAUGUGAAACCCGUGAAACACAACAUCUACGUCCUGACCAAGAAAAGGAACGGUUUGGACUCGACCGCAGACGCGUUCAUCAAAAAGGGCGUUGACCUUAGCAACACAAGUGCAGUCGACUUUUUAGCGGCUUCGACUGGAAAUCCUCUGACUUCCAGUUUCAAGAGCAGCAGCUGGGAAGCUGAAGCGAGUGAGGAUGUUGUUCACCCUGCCGAUAUGACAGAAAAGGACUGGGGAAUUGUCAUGCGCAACAAUAACCUCCUGUGCGGUCAGUACUUGCGAACUGGCCCCGUUGACAAAGUCGUCAAAGUCCAAGGCCAACCGGAUAUCAAACGACCAAGCUUGGGGGUUGUUGAUGUAAAAAGAUCGUAUUAUUCAGCAUUUGCCCUGAAACCGAGAACGCUGCCGGAAUACGACAUCACAUUCAAAAUCACGGAAGAGGCAGCCGAGGAGAUGCAUAAACUCGGCAUUCCACAUCCAGGGCAUGAUUUCCGCAUCCCCCGAUUCCACAUAAACGACGCCUCUCAGGUCCGCGUGUUUGAGACCAAGGGCUCCCUCGAAACAACAAUGGCUGCAAGUAGCUUUUCAUCAAAAUCUGUCGAUGCUGCUGUUGGAGGAUCGGGCUUUGGUGUCAGUGUUGCUGUUAAGGGAGGUGCGAGCUGGGGCAAUGACGACAAGAGUGCGAGUGCCAAGUUCAAUGACACGAGUUAUAUGCACGUUGUCUACGAGUUCCCACGCGUGGAGCUAAUCCUGAACGAAGAAAAUCUGGAUUUAAGUGACGAAUGCAAAAAGGAUGUUGAAAACUUGCGAAACAGGCGUACCUUGCAGGAGUUGAUUCAUUUUGAAGAGAGAUACGGCACCUUCUUCGCCCGCAGUAUUCACCUGGGAGGCAAGUUGAUUUCCAUCGAGGAAUCCGACUCUGUUGCGGGCUCUUCUGUGGAGGAGAAAAAGAAGAUGCUCAAGGCAGCAGCCAGUGCUUCGGUAUCUGGCUAUGGCUUCCAGGCCGAAGUCAACUAUAGCCAGACAGAGAACUCGGGAACUAAGACAACGUCUACGGAGAAGAAAAUGACUCACUCCAUGUCUUGGUCGGCGGACGGAGGAGACACUACUCUCUGCAACAAUCCACCAAAAUGGUGUUCCACCGUGUCCAACUUCUAUAACUGGAGAAUCAUGAAGCAAGACGACGUCGUCAAUCUCUACGAGUUCAUGGGAAAAUUACCAGGUUACGAGGACAUUCCGAAGCUGAUUUAUAACAUCAUUUAUAUGAACCCAGAGCCUACAAGUCUGGUCCAGUUUUCACUUCAUCUGGAGGCUGGGAGAGACAACGGUCCCAGGGUUCUUACCUUUGGCGAUGACUUUGAACAGGAGAUAGCGCCUCUGGACAUGGAUCCUCUGAACCACAGUCCGAACCAGAAUGCCCGGGAAAAAGAUGCACAGGACAAGAAGGGCCCGAAGAAGGAUAUUCAGGACAACAUUAUGUUCUCAAAAGCAACAUCCGGCGUGUACCCCACCGUUUUUGGUACUCCUAUCAGCAAUGACCAAUCCAAUAUUUUCAUAGAGGGGGAGGAUAGCGCUGGAGUUUCUCAUCCUCGGUUCAAAUACGGCGUCAAAUACCCCAUCCACUACUUGGUCAAUGCAACAAACGGAGAAGAAGAAGAACUUCUGCUGCACACUCUUCAGAUCGGCGGUGACGGGUCGUCCAACCCCUUCCUCUACGGCAAACACGAUACGGCCUCGAACAUCAUGGUUGAAUUCGAACCAGGGAACAAGAAAACAAAGAAGAAGUCGACACCGAUUGCCCAGAAUGACAGGGUCAAGCUGAGAUUUUCCUACUUACCGACAGAUACUGCUGUCCACUGCGUUUCAAAUUUCCGGAUGAAAGACGUCAGUGAUAAGACGGUUCAAAGUCCGGACGUUAAAAGACUGGAGACUCAGUUGCCUGCAAGACCUCAGCCUCCCGUCAAACCAGAGUCCCCAGAUUUACGUUUGACAACACUUGAGGCAUACCGGGAUGCUAUCGCUAAGACGAUGGAGAAAUACGGACCUAGUAUGCUCAAUCGAGCAAGGUUGGCUCACUGGAAUGAAGAAAUUAAGAAGUAUAAAGAAUCAGAAGCAUAUACAAAGGGCCGAGCGGAGUACGGUGCUAAGCUGCGGUACUAUAACCGCGCCAAACUGACAUAUGAUGCAAGGGUGAAAGAUUAUGACCUGAGAGUGCAAGAGGAACUGAAAAAGGCCGGCCAGGAGUAUGAAAGACUCAAGCAAGAAUGGGACGAUCAUCAGAGGAGAAUGAACGAACUCGUGGUUUUUGACGAAUUCAUCUUCCGGGUGGAGUAUUGUGAUGCUAAAAACGGAAAGAACCUCGGAACGGCGAUCGCAGCGGCAGAGAAGGCAUUGGCUGCAGAGAAGGCAGCGAAAGCCGCAGAAGCAGCUGAACAGGCUGCUGAACAGGCUGCAGGACAAGCUGCCGAGGAGGCAAAACAGAAGGCGAAAGCAGCAGCAGAAAAGGCCCAUGAUGACGAGGUUGAGAAACGGAAGAAAUUGGUCUUCCCCAGUCUCAUCUUUCAGUAUGACCAAUGGCUGGCACAGAAGAAGAAGCUCGAACGAACGGCAUGCCUAUUGGACGAUGGAAAGGCAGCCAAACUGCGUGAGGAUAUAAAGAGCAAAGACAAGAACGUGACGCUGUGUGCAGAGUGGGACUUGGACGAAGAUAUACUGACAGCCACGUCUAAACUCUUGAGCAAUCCUUUCUUCGUCCCAGCAAUUGCUCAAGUCAAGGUACCCGACAGUAAAUAG